GAUUCAGGCGGUUCUCAAUGAGAUUCCUGCUCCUCUUAGCCCUUGUCCUGGCAGAAGCUUGUCCAAGUCAAAUCCAACCUUCUGUCGCCCGUCGCGACGAUGAUAUUGAGGAAGUAGUGCACAAGAAGUUGCGCCCAAGGACUAUCACAAAAACCGAUAAGAUCACAGAAAUUCAUAUCGAUGUCAGCGGACUGCACUCAUCGCCCUCAUUGCGUAGACCGUGUCGCGAACAUCGCUUGCAUGUUACUGAAGCAAAUGCUUUGUACGAUGCUAUCCUUGAAGUCUUGUGCAAUACUGAGUCAAGUGGCUUGCACGAUGCCAUCGCAAAAAUCGUGGACGAUUUUAUGUCUGGGCGUCUUUAUAAAUCAGAAUCAGGAGGUCGUUAUCGAUGGCUAUCAAGAGUGAGGGCCGAGAACCAAAAUGGGUAUUGUGAAAGUGGAUGGACUUACCUUAAGAACACUAACUCUUGCUAUAAGACCUUCUUCGACCAAAAGUGGACCGCUGCCGAGAGCAUUUGUGUUUUGCUUGGAGGACAUUUGACUUCUAUCCAUACCCCCGAAGAAAAUUUAUUUGUAUCUUAUCUGUCAAAAGCAGGUGUCAGACGAUCUUUCUGCACAGAGGCGACCUGGAUAGGCCUGCAUCAAGCAAGUUAUCCAAGUAGCAAGGAAUGGACGUGGACUGAUGGCACGAAAGUUGACUAUUUACCAUUUCGUCAUGGCGAGCCGAAUAACUUUGAUAAACGUGAACAGUGCGGACAGCUCUAUAGCGACGAACCCCAUUCUCAGCAAUGGAAUGCUUGGAGCUGCGAUACCAAGAUGAGGAACUUCGUGUGCAAGAAAAAGUCAAACCCUCUUUUUUAAAGUAACAGUCUUUCGCAUUUGAUGAUUUUGUCAUUUGAGGCUCUUGGACAAUGUGCAAAUGGAGUAUAAAGUCUGAUUUAAUAGUU